AUGGGUCAAAUCUCCAUUUUGGAUCCCAGUCAAAAUGUAAACAAAUCACAACAUUCGCCAACUCCAGCUGCAGAAAUGAACGCCGCGACAGCGCAGCCGUCUUCACCCGUGCCACUUGUGGUCGCGAACAAUCCGAAAAUCACCAUCAAAGAGAUCACCAAACCGAUUGAGAUACGUAUUACCGAUGACAACAAAGCCAUACCGAUUCAUCAAAUGCUCAAGCCACAAGCUACGACUACAACCAGCACAACGACAACAACAACAACCACUACUGAGCAAUCGCCGGUAACAACAUCAACAUCAACAGCAGCAGCAGCAGCAACAGUUGACAGUGGCAGCUCAACAACAACAACAACAACGGCAAGUACAAGCGCUUUAUCGCCAACUACACCAACAACAAGAGCUGAUUUGGAGCAAACACACAGUGGUGAAAAUACAUCCAUCCCCACCACGGCAAGUUCAAGUGGAAACACAGGCUAUAAGAAAGCUACCAGCGUAGACAACAACCCGCCAACGGUACUUCCAGUCACUGGGGGCAUUAAUAACGGUGAGAGCUUAAAGCUCAGCGCUUCAGUCGCUUACCCAAGCACAGAGCGCAACACAGUGACAGUUAUUAUACCAACACAAAGUGUGGCGAGCGCAGAAAAUAGUAGCAACGAUAGUGGUGAAAUAUCCGCGGAGGUGGCGCCACUUGCAGAGGAUGGCAGCGCGAUACCCGCGUUUGGCGCGCAGGAACUGCAACACGACGCAUCGUCAAAUGAUCCAACGAAAGUGAAUAUCAAGCGCGAAAAUUUGGCCACAACGGAACGAGAAACGGCAGCGUCGACUGCUGGUGAAGAAUUCAGUUCACCCGAGCUGAUAGAUGGCAAUGGCAGUGGACAAAGCGGCAGCCUGCAACUGCAAGGUACCUUCGAUUUGGAACCCGAAACAUCGGGCAGCGAUAACAUUUAUCACAUCAUUCUAACCACAUCUGGGCCAAGAGUGAAUGAUUCAAGUGCUGGAUUCAAGACAACUGAAGAUGCUCCGCACGGCUCAAGCGUUGACAUACAAGCCGCAGCUUCCAAUCAACAACACACCGUUGUAGUGCCACCACCACAACUUUCAAACACAACCGACUCUCCUUUCGAUUCCGAUAGUACAACGCGACAAGCAACGGCUUCCCCAACCGCUCCCAGCUCGAGUCCUGCCUCCGCCUACCUAGCUUUAAGCACAGACGCGCCCGAGUUGUCUUCUACCUCUACAGAGCCGGUCAAACCGCUACACUCCACCGAAAGCGGCCAUCAUAUGGAAGAAGAAGAGGCGGCCAUACCAAUAGAAGCUAAUCCUGCGUAUCCUUCGCUGCCCGAAGAUGACUUUAGUUUGCGCGAUGUCACUUUUCCGCUAAAUGAGGCCGAUGAUGCUGUCGAGACAGAUGUUAAGGGUGAACAGCGUAGCAUUGGUGGCGGCGCCUUUGAGGUAGUAAAGGUGCGGAAGCCAGCGGAGGAAGGUAGCGGCAGUGGCUUUGAACUAAUUGAAGGCUCUUCGACUACGGAAUACCAGGGCUUAAGCAGCGACAGUACCAGCGAGAGCGUAUCGAAGCUGCCAACAAAAGUGGCACUGCUAAUGAAUUCUGCUGAAGACUUGUCUAGUGAAACCGCCAUCUCGAACAGCAGCGACUUUCAAUUAGAUCGCUUCUCGCGCCUCGCCAGCAACGAUACAAAAGAAUCGGCAGAAACAGAGGAGUUGGGUAGUGGAGAGUCGGCAGAAGCCGCCGAACAGAAGCUGGAGAAACGACGCGAACCGACUACACCACGACCAAAAUCACGCGCCGCCGCGGACGUGGACAUCGAUGAGUUGGGCGACGUUGCUUCCGGCGAUGGAAAUAGUGACCCGAAAGAAGACCCCAAGCUGGACGCGGUGAGCAUAAAGGCAGAUGAGGAUGUAGAGGAAGGCAUAGUUAAGCAGGAGACGGGCCAAAAGGAGGAUGUGCUGACGGUGAAUGCCAAGCCGACGGAGGAGCGGACGGUCGAGGAGAUGCCAGCGGCGACUUUAGAUAGAAUCCAGCGAUUGUUCCUGCAGCGCUUUAUUUGAAAUUAAUUACAUUUAAUCAAUAAAAAAUUACACAACUCAGCUAGAGAAUAUUGAUAUGUAUGAA